AUGGACAUGGAGCACCAGCUGCACCAGCUGCUGCACUUGGAGCACUUCAUGCCCAGCAGCCCGGCGGGCUUCUUUGCCGUCGACAGCGGCCAAGACCCUGCCCAUUUCCCAAACGGCAGGUUGUUCGUCGAGCAGGUCGGCGGCGCCACCGACGACGGCGGGUGGGUGGAGGACCUCAUGCAGCUCGGCGAGGAGCUGUUCGGUGGCCAGGCCGAUGGCGACGAUGUCAAUGGCACCGGCAGCAUGGGCGACGAUCACUACCAGCAGUGGCAGUGCGACGACGACGGCUCCCCGGAUGGUCCGCCACCGAGCAUAUCCUUGGACGGCGACACGAGCCCCCCUUCUGUGGAGCAAGGCGGCGCCGGGGAGGCCGGGGAGCUCGCCUCCGAGCCGCACCACCCGCACCGCGAGGACGGCGACGACGUGUCCGGUGCGACGCGGAAGAGGAGGGACCGGUCCAAACCAUCGUGUCGGAGCGGAAGCGGAGGGUCCGGAUGA